CACAGCCUGCCACACACUUGGGGAGCAGCUAUCCUUGUCAGCAGCUGAUUGAAGAGUAGCUUCAGAGGCAGAGGGAUUAUUAUGCCAUGGAGAGCCUGGUGUCUGAGGGUCUGCCCUGCUCUCCUCACCAGGAUGAAGCCUCUACCUGCUGCCAGCUCUCUGUGAGGAUCCUGGAAGCUAGGAAUUUGUUCCAGGCUGACUUACUAAGUCAUUCUGACCCAUAUGUGGUCUUACAGCUGCCAACAGCUUCAAGAACCAAAUUUAAGACCCAAAUUGUCUCCAAUUCGAAUCACCCCACUUGGAAUGAGACCUUCAGCUUCCGGAUCCAGAGGCAGGUCAAGAAUAUUCUGGAGCUGAAAAUCUAUGAUGCAGACUUAGUCACAAAAGAUGAUGUCCUUUUCACUGUGUUUUUUGAUACCAUUGAAGUCAGCCCUGGCAAACCCAUCCGAAAGAUUUUCUCUCUGAACCCUCAGGGACAGGAGGAGCUGGAGGUAGAGUUCCUGCUGGAGGAAAUAUCAGAUUCUUCAGAAAACCUCAUCACCAACAAAGUCCUUGUGGCUCGGGAGCUAUCCUGCCUCACUGUGAAGGUGGACAAGACGGGGAGCACCGCCAUUGUCACAGAGAAGGAUGACCUGGAGCUGACCCUGAAGGGAUCCUAUGAGGACACUCAGACUUGCACACUGGGCUCUGGCACGGCCGACUCCUUCCUCUUUCACUAUAUAACAGCCCAAGAGACAGAGAUGAAGGGACGCCUGAAGAGCCUCGCCGCUGGUAGAGGGGAUGAGGACACCCCUCCCGAGAACCUCACUGUGCCCUUGAAGUCCCUGCCUGUAGGGAAGGAGGUGGCCGUCGAUGUUCCUGCCCCAGAUGCUACAGCACUGAAGUUGAAGCUCAGGGCUGAUUCUUGCUCUGAGAAGCUGGCUGUGCGCCUGGGCUUCGGGCUGUGCCAGGAGGAGCAGAUGUUCCUGAAGAAGAGGAAGCAGGUGGUGGCCAAAGCCUUGACACGGAUUCUGCAGCUGGAGAAUGAGCUGCAGGAGGAUGAGGUGCCAGUCAUUGGAGUCAUGGCCAUUGGGGGAGGGGCUAGAGCGAUGACAUCUCUAUAUGGCCAUCUCUCUGCCCUCAAGAAACUAGAUCUCCUGGACUGUGUGACCUACAUAAGUGGCACUUCAGGAUCUACCUGGGCUUUGGCUAGCUUGUACCAGGAUCCCGAAUGGUCACAGCAAGACCUGAAGAAGUUCAUCAGCCAUGCCCGAGAGCACAUGACCAAAAGCAAGUUGGGUGCCUUCUCUCUGGGCAACAUGAAGGGGUACUAUCAGGAGCUACAACGUCGGGCUGAGGAGGGGCGCCCCCCAUCCUUUGUCGACCUAUGGGCUCUAGUCCUGGAGUUCCUGUUAUACGGCAAGGCAAUGGAGCACAAGUUGUCCGAUCAGAGGGCCUCCUUGGAGCAGGGUCAGAAUCCUUUGCCUCUGUACCUUGGUCUGAACGUCAAAGAGAACAAUCUGGAGACCCUGGACUUCAAAGAAUGGGUGGAAUUCUCUCCCUAUGAGAUCGGCUUCCUGAAGUACGGGGCCUUCAUCCCCUCUGAGCUUUUCGGUUCCGAGUUCUUCAUGGGACGGCUGAUGAAGAGGCUCCCGGAGUCGAGGAUCUGCUUCCUAGAAGGCCUAUGGAGUAACAUCUUCUCUGUGAACCUGAUGGAUACCUGGUAUGAACUGACCAGCUCCGAAGAGUCUUGGAAGCAGCAUAUCCGGGACAAGACCAAAAACAUUGAAAAGGAGCCCCUUGGCUCCGGGGGGACCUCCUGGAUCGAGAUGUCAUGGCUGCAGCCCAGAGCGGCCCUCCACAAGGCUCUCCAGGGCCUCUUAACGGGGCGACCCCUUCAUCACCGAUGCCACAAUUUUCUGAGAGGCCUUCAUCUGCACCAGGACUACUGUGGCCAGAGGAACUUCUGCACCUGGAGCGGCCUGGAUUCUGUCCCCAGCCAGCUGACCCCUCUGGAACCCCAGCUCUGCUUGGUAGAUGCCGCCUACUUCAUCAACACAAGCUGUCCACUCUUGUUGCGGGCAGGCCGGAGGCCGGACCUCAUCCUCUCUUUCAACAAUUCUCUCAACUCCCCCUUUGAGACGCUGGAGCAGAUGGAGAUUUACUGUCGAGGGCAGGGCAUCCCUUUCCCCAGAGUGGAGCUGAGCCAGGAGGAUCGCCAGCAGCCCAAGGAGUGCCAUGUCUUCUCCGACCCUGACUGCCCUGAAGCCCCCACUGUGCUGCAUUUCCCCUUGGUCAACCUUUCCUUCAGAGAACACUCAGCCCCUGGUGUCAAGCGGAGUCCUGAAGAACUUGCAGCUGGCCAAAUAGACCUCAAAGGCUUCCUGUCUCCAUAUUCCUUGUUUAACAUGACAUACAGUGAGGAUGAUUUUGAUCGACUGGUUUGCCUUAAUGCCUACAAUGUUGAGAACAACCACAGUGAGAUCCUGAGUGCUCUGAGGUCUGCUCUGAAGCAUCGAAAACAGGGAAAACAGUGCCAGCCCUGAUGGAACAGAAGAAGGGACAAACCUGGGGAACCAGAAGGCUAGGUUGACUGUGUCCUGAAAUCCCUUCAGAUACCAUCUCUUCCACUCAAGUCACAGUAGGCUAGACAGUUGCUAUCCUGACCUGGCUUUGCUUUGACAAAGCCUCUCAGGCCCAGGAAGUUGUCUAGUCAGCACUGUCCAUUCGAUGGAGAAGCAUCCUCACCUGAAUCCAAACCAAUCUUUCUUGGCUAGACCUGGCACAUAAGGCAGCUGACAAAAACUGGUUUCCUUGUCCCCUCUUUGAGCAGCUCUUCCACUCUGACCCAUUUUCCAUCUGAUCAUUUUCUUCCUUGUGCAGAAUGAAUUUUAUAUGUAGGUUGGGGGAAUUGGACCUGGGUUAUGAGUAUGGGGACUACUUGAUUGAAUGUUAGAGACCUGUAACUAGGGCAAGAUGCUCAGUGCUUUGCCCCAAGGCAAUGAAUUUAGAGGGUGCUAAAUUUAGAGAACCUCCACAGCAGUGUAGAAACUGGAGUUUAACACCCUGUAAGUUAAAACGGGAGGCUAAUGGGGGUGUGCUGGUUUGAACUCUUCCUCACCAUUACUUUCUCUGAAGCCACCCCAUGCUAUUGUGCUGGGGCCUUUGUCUCCCCAUAAUGGGAAAGCAUUCUGGUCUUUUGGUUACUUGUAUGUUUCAUACUUCUUACCCACAGGGUACAUUUGUGUAAUUUUACAUAGUUCAUACUUACCCUAGCUGGAAAAAUUCUUAGUUAUGGCUUUGAAUCAGAGGCACUAGUUGGACAAGUACCAGGACUUCAGUGAAGAUCUUAGCAAUCAAUCAAAUCAAAAGCAUUUUGACAAUACAAAUUUUGGGAAUACAAACAUAAAGAAUAAAACAGUUCUUGUCCAAAAUGAGUGUAUAUUUUAAUGAGAGAAACAAGUUCACACAAAAAAAGAAGUAGAUUUCAGUUUAAUGCAAAGAAAAGCAUCUUAAUUAUUGCUGCCGAUCAAAUGACAAGCAUUUAUUAAGGGCUGCUAUGCUAAGGAUUGGGGAUACAAAGACAAAAAAAAAUCAAAUAAUCCCUGCCCUCAAGGAGCAUACAUUUAAGGGGAUAGGGCAGCAU